UUUGCUCUCAAGCCACUCCUCUCCACGCAUGCCCUUUUAUAAAUUCCAACCAAAACAUUCUAUCUUUCCUCUUAUUUCACCAAACCGAAUCCCAAUUUACUCUAAACCAUGCCCAUCAAACCGGUUUUCUCCACUCUCAUUGCUCUCGUUUCCAUCAUUCUUGCCCUCUACAUAAUCCCCUUUCCUUCAUCUCUCCCUUCAUCAUCCAUUUGCGUUCAAACCAGUUCUGAAUUCGGAGAGUCUGUGUUACAAUGGGUUGGCUUUGGACGUAAACAUCAUCAUCACCACCAUCACCAUCAUCAUCACCAUCAUCAUCAUCAUCGUCCAGCAGAAUGUAGAGGAAAGUGGAAGUCUAAAGCGCUUAAACAUAGAUACACAGCUUCGCUUGUAUUAACAGUAGAUUUGCAUGGAUGUGGAAACUUCAGUAAUAUCCAGAGCGCAGUCGAUGCAGUUCCUGAGUUGAGCCCUUUUACAAGUCUUAUCAUCGUCGAUUCAGGUAUUUACAGCAGGGAAAAGGUCAUAAUUGAUAAGAACAAGACGAACAUUGUGAUACAAGGAAGAGGGUAUGAGAAUACAUCCAUAGAGUGGAAUGACACUACCAAAUCCGCGGGAAGCAUGUCUUCUAGUUUCUCUUUUGCCGUUUUUGCUACAAAUUUCACUGCUUACAACAUUAGUUUCAAGAAUACAGCGCCAGAGGCAGAGCCGGGAGCGAAAGAUGAGCAGGCAGUGGCAAUGAGGAUAGAAGGAGAUCAAGCCGCCUUCUAUGGUUGUGGUUUCUAUGGCUCUCAAGAUACCCUUCUCGAUGACAAUGGCCGACAUUUUUUCCACCAUUGUUUCAUCCAAGGCUCCAUCGAUUUUAUCUUCGGCAGUGCCAAAUCUCUCUACCUGGAUUGUACAAUAAACUCUAUAGCAAAAGAGAAUACGUCGGGUAUUAGCGGAUACAUCACUGCUCAUGGAAGGAAUUCGGAAAAUGAGAAGACGGGUUUUUCGUUCGUGAACUGUAGAAUAGACGGGACAGGAAAAGUUUUGCUCGGUCGACCGUGGGGACCGUAUGCAACUGUCAUCUUCUCCAAAACUUACAUGUCUGAAAUCGUUUCUUCAGAUGGAUGGGACGAUUGGAACGACCCUUCUCGAGACAAGUUUGUCAACGAACGAACAUUUUCGACAUCGAGUUCCAAAAUUUUCAGUACGAGGAAUUUGAUUGAGAUAUCAUUUUUUUGCAGAACGGUGUUUUUCGGGGAAUACGAAAGCUAUGGACCGGGAGGGAAUUACAGUGAGAGGGUUUCGUAUGCAAAGCAACUCACAGAAUCUGAAGCAGCCUUCUUCAUGGAUAUUUCUUACAUCGAUGGAGAUCAAUGGCUUCAUAACAACAACAUAUUUUCCGAGUUUACCCAUGACGAUGAUGAUGAUGAUGAUAGUGCUCACGAGCUUAUCAGUUCAUACUAACAUAUAUAGGCACGAGCGCAUAGAUACAUAGAUUAAACAUAUAUAUAUAUAUACACACAUAAAAAUACAUAUAUAAAUAUAUAGAUGUCUACACGCAUAGUCACAGGUGUUUGGUCUCACUCUAACGAGGAACAAUCAAUGUAAUGAUUCAAUAAUUGAGUUCAACUUAACCAUGUUGGAUAUUUUAGAAUAAG